CCCCCCCCCCCCAGACACACGCACACAACACAACCACCACCGCGACUAUCUCCACUACUUGCAAGCCUCCUGAAUUUAUAGCGGCAGGACCGAGUGACCGAGUGUCGGAUUUCAUGCAACCAUUCCAAUGGUGUAACGGAUGCCUCUGUGGUCUGGGACUACAGCGCUCGGACUGCGAGAUGACGUCUGAGGAUGUGUACCACCUGCCCCUCAACGUCUACGUCAUCGUGCUGGGCAUCGGCCUGUUCGUCUUCAUGCUCAGCGUCAUUUUCUGCUGCUACCUCUUUAGGUUGAAACAGCAGGGACCAAGGGAGCAGUACAGUUACAACGAGGUUGUUCUUAAAGGCGCAGGGAAGAAGCUGUCUCUGCUCGGACAGCCCUGUGCAGUCUGCCUGGAGGAAUUCAAGAGCAGAGACGAGCUGGGGGUGUGCCCCUGCUCUCACACCUUCCACAAGAAGUGCCUGCUGAAGUGGCUGGAGAUCCGCAGCGUGUGCCCCAUGUGCAACAAGGCCAUCCUCCGUGUCCCGGCCGACGAGACACCGCCGCCGCCACGGGUAACCGAAGGCCCGCAGGACCCUGAAGAGGUCUGACCCGACCCCGACUCCAACCAAAACCGAACCGGAAGCCGGACAGCGCUAACAGAUCCCCCGUAAGACUUACUCACACAUGACGGGGUCGCCCGGUCGGAGGUCAAAAGGUCCUCACAAGCCACAGAAGUGGCAGUUAUUAGCAAACCAUUUGUCCAACCACACGACAGCAUGGUGAACAGACUCUCGUGCUCAGAACUGGUCACACUGGCGUCAGGCACCACCGGGAUGGAGGGGGGGAGGGUGAGGAGAGGGUUAGAUAUAGGGAGAGCAGAAAGUGUUAUUAAAAUAGUGACGAGAAAGCGAACUAAAUAGAUGUGGGACAGUGGGGUGGGGUGUGGAUGUCUCUUCAACUCUAAAUAUGUGUGUAAACACAAAGUUAGCAUGAGAUUUUAUGAAAUCUAUGUAAAACACACACACACACACACAAACACACACCAGUCACCACCACACCUUGUAUGACAAACAUCCAGUGUAAUCAGCUCUUUCUGCUCACUUUGGACUAUGCUGUAGUGAGCGAACGCACUGCGAUGAACUGCAACAUCCAAUAUACUAUCUGCCUAUAACCAGAUCCACUGUAUGGCCACACCAGCUAAUACAAAGCCAGGCUGAGUCAUCUUGAAAGAAAGAAGGAAAGAAAGAAACAAAAAAAAAAAAGAACAGGGCGAUAAAAGGGUAGAAGUAGAUCUGCCCUGUCUGUGAGUACGUGUGAAUAGGGCCUCGAGCGGCCACUUGUCUCUCUUCCUCUUCCAAGUUUCAUUUUGUAUCGUUUGAUGGUUUUAAAAUAAAAGUGUAAUGUUUUUGUGGGUCA